GAUGAGUGCAUGCUGCGUAGGUAAAGGAAAUGGAAACCACAAGUAUAAGAAUGAACAUAACUGAAGAGCACAAUGACAGAGUGACAGAAAUAAGUUGUGUGAUUUGGAUGGUGACUGUAAGGAUUAGACUGGAUGAAUUUAUAUUUUGAGACCAUCUGUAACAUACCUGGCUUGUAUUUAAAAUGGAUUGGCUAUACCUGAGAAAGAUGGUUUUGUUUCUUGAAAUCUUGGUAAUUUUCAUCCUGCAUGUGAGCACUGACGCACAAGGUCCCCCCAAAUGUCCUGUCUUUAAAGUUCAGAGAGGGAUUGUCCAUAAAGCCUUCGUAAACAAGCCUUUGAAGAUCUCCUGCAAUCUGAUGUGUUGUGAUAAACAGACAAUCAAUGUGACAUGGACCAAAGAAAACUUGAAAGAAUGGAUUCCAGUCUCUGAAGCAGAUCAAAUGUCAACAUCACAGAACUAUUCAUCAUCUGAUCCAAAGAUGCUGUCUUCAUAUUUAACUUUCACAAACAUAUCAAAGCAUCAUGGCGGUCUGUACAGAUGUGAACUGAAGUUCUCAAACUUCUCUUCCGUUAGCCAUCAUAUUAAUGUUUCUGUCUCCGAUGAUAUGGUGGAAGAUGAAAAACCUAGCACUGACAUGACAGCAGAACGAGAAAACACUGAAAGCAGCUCUGAUUUUGGUCCAUGGUGGCUGCCGUAUCUCUUUAUCUGUUUGGGUGCAGUGAUUCUGGUUGUCAUAGUAAUACUCAUCUCCAUCUUGUGUAUUAAUGGAUUUAAAAGUUCGAGAAGAAAGAACGCACAGAGAUCACAGAUUCAGUAUACAGCAACAUCUGUCUUGUCGUCGCCAAGCCCCAGUGUUCUGAAGCAUGAUGAAUUUGUCUGUGUCCAGUACUCAGAAGAAUCACAGCAGCACUCUCGUGACAACAACACAUGCAGUUUAACGUUACCACCUGGACAGUCUACAUCAUACGUGUCAGAUUGUAGUGAUGAUCCUUUGUCUAACAGGAGAGAAAGCAGAUCAAGCCAGGUUGUAUAUGCAUCUCUGCAUCACCUCACACCAACACCAUCAUCUGCUACACCCCGUCACACACAGGAGGAGUUUUCAGAGUAUGCAUCAAUCCGGGUCUCCUGAUUUUCUGUCUGUGGGUUAUGCACAUAACCAGGCGAAGUUAACAACAUUUUCAAGUCUCCAAACUUAAAGAGUGAGGCAGUUUUGUGUGGGAAGCAGGAGAUGUAUGCAUGUUUUUACACUGCACAGUACAACCUCAUUACAUCAUGGAAAAUCGUUGCUGUGAGUUCAGUGAGGUUUCUAUAAGUGAAACUCAAACCAGUAAUCACAUGUGUCUGAUACUGAGGACUAGUCUAAGCGUGAUGCACUAAAACUUAAAAAUUUCUUAGAAUGAAGAUAUAUUUUUACAAAACAAUUGAUGUUCCAGCUAAAUUUGUUAUUGCUAGUAAAGAAGCUGAGAAGAAUAACUCACAAGUAUCUUGGUACAGUAACAGAUGAUAGGUUAAAUUGGGGGGAAAAAGCAAAUCUUGUUUGCACAUAAGUGAUUAUAUUUACUUUAUGAGCUAUUUGAUGUGGGCAAAUGUAUACUGGAAAUGUUUUAAAGAUCUUUUUUUUUUUAAUAUGUUUGAACUUUUUGUUGGUUUUAUGGAUUAAAAAAGUAAUCCCAGCUGCAGGGAGUUAAUCUAGGGUCAAAUAUCAUAGGCUCUGUACAUUUAACCCUUUCAUGCAUGGUGUUCACUACAGUGGACAGAUAUGUAACUCCUUCAAAAUAAAAUAUAUUGAAAAAAAAAAAAAGUUAUUGGCAGGUUUGUUAUUGGUAGAUAAUACCAAGCCCCAAGUGGAGGACUGUAAAUGCUUCUAGAUGUUUUGCUUCAAAUGCAGUUUUGAUCAUAAAUACUUAUUUGAAGCAGGAAGAUACAGGUGCAUUUAAAUUCUUUACAUCUUAAAUCCAUGAGGAAAUGCUGUAUUUCUAAUGCCUGGGUUUGUGUAUGUUGUGAUGUAAUAUAUUAUUUGUUGCUUUGUUUAUCAGUGUUGAUGCUUCAGAAAUUGCCCAGUGAAGGGACAACAAAGAGUUUGUAU